CUCUCCCUACUAGAAGAAGCAGGCUUUGGAGGUGUCCUCCUUUAUGUCGAUCCUUGUGAUUUACUAGAGGCUCACAAUCUGAGCAGCAAAGCAUUUAUGGUGUCUUUAAAUAGUGGCGGUGACCCCUCAACACCUGGAUAUCCAAGUAUUGAUGGAAGCUAUAAACAGCAUCGAUCAAAUCUCACUUCUCUAUUAGUCCAGCCUAUUUCUGCAAUGUUGGCCAGAAAGCUGCUCUCUUCCCCAGAGAAAGGUGGUGAAAAUGAAGCCUGCCAACCUUUGGAAUUGUCUGCUGAAGCUGAAAGAAAAAUGCUGACUCUGAAUGUUCAGUCUCAUCCAACUUAUAAGACAGUGUCCAAUGUUAUUGGAUAUUUAAAAGGAGCCACACUUCCUGAUAGAUAUGUCAUCGUUGGCAGUCACCACAGCAGCUUACAUGGUUACAAUAACCAACAAUGGGUUCAUGGUACUGCAGUAAUGACGGCAUUUAUCCAAGCAUUGAUGCUGAAGGUUAAAAAAGGCUGGAGACCAGACCGGACCAUUAUUUUCUGCUCAUGGGGAGGAAGCAUGUUUGGCAAUAUUGGCUCCUAUGAAUGGGGAGAGGACCUCAAGAACGUUCUGCAGAGAAAUGCUGUGGCAUACGUGGAUCUCCAUGAUCCCGUAAGAGGCAAAGCAGCUUUGUAUUCUGUAGCAUCUCCCUCCCUUCAACAACUGGCAACUGAGAUUAGGAAGAGACACAACCUCAGCUGUGUUGGGCAAGAGAAAUGCAUGGCUUCCAACGUCAGUUCUGUACAAACGCAAGGCGAUUCUGAUUAUUUCAUCAACCAUCUUGGGGUCCCGGCUGUGCAAUUUUCAUACCAAGAUUUGACAGCAUUAGAGGCUGUGAGCUUUCUCUCUGAAGUUCUUUUCCCUGUACAUCCAACAGCAUUGGAGGAAGUGGAUUUUUCCUUCACUCCACAUGAAUCCAUCGCUAAGCUGUCGGGAGAAACAAUUUUGCAAAUUGCCACCAAUCCGGUUUUGCCCUUUAAUGCCCUGGAUGUUGCAUUAGAAGUUCAAAAAAGUCUUCAAGAUGACGGCCUAAAUGUUGACCACUUGCUGAGAAUGGCCUCGACUCUCCGGGACAGUGCACAGUUGUUCCAGUCCGAUGAAAUGAGGCCGGCUAAUGACCCAAAAGAAAGAGCCCCCAUCCGUGUAAGAAUGCUGAACGAUGUCUUGCAAAACCUUGAGAAAAAUUUCUUAGUUCCGCAAGUUCCUCCAGGAUUCUACAGGUAGAGAAAUGUGCUUGUUUUCGUCUCUCUGAUCACUUUAUUUGAUUGGACUUUCAGAGUUGACUUGGUUUCCCUCAGUGGUGUCCAAUGCAGUGUUGUGCUAAUGAUUGCUCAACCUCUUGUGCAGCCACUUGCCCAACCACUCCCUUAG